CGGGGCUGGGGCUCGUCGGCUUCUGUGAAGAAAGGGCUGCCCUCAGACAGCUCCUCCUGGCCCAGGCGGCCAUUCGGCCCGAGCCCGAGGAUCCGCAGGCAUGUCUGACAACGAGGACAAUUAUGAUGGUGAUGACUUCGAUGAUGUGGAGGAAGAUGAGGGUCUCGAUGACUUGGAGAAUCCCGAGGAGGAGGGCCAGGAGAACGUGGAGAUCCUUCCCUCUGGAGAACGGCAGCAGGCCAACCAGAAGAGGAUCACUACCCCCUACAUGACCAAGUAUGAGCGAGCCCGGGUCCUGGGCACCCGGGCCCUUCAGAUUGCAAUGUGUGCCCCUGUGAUGGUGGAGCUAGAAGGGGAGACUGACCCGCUGCUCAUCGCCAUGAAAGAGCUCAAGGCUCGAAAAAUCCCCAUCAUCAUCCGCCGCUACCUGCCCGAUGGGAGCUACGAAGACUGGGGCGUGGAUGAGCUCAUCAUCACCGACUGAGCGGCCCGGCCCGGCCCCUGGGCAUCGCGAUGCUCUGUUUGUUUUUCUCUAUGGAUAAUAAAGCCUAUUCACCCUC